GAUGAGAAUGUGUCCGGGUCUGGAAACUGACCAAAGGUUUUGUCUUGCCUCACUCUGGCUUGUUGACGUUUGCACUUUGUAUCAGUGCGCCCCCGGGGAUCCACAAGGAGAUCUGAUUCAGGGCUGCGUGUUCCUGGAAACACACAGUGGACAAUGGACAAACACUUGUGUGUGACUCUGCUCCUGAUGCUGCUUCUCUGUCCCAGAAGCAACACGGAGUCACAGACCUCAUGUCCAUACAGGUGCCAGUGUUUCACUCCGCUCCAGGUUCUGUGCGCAGACGAACGGAUGACAUCUUUGCCCAAGGACAUGUCCAACCAGGUCAAGGAAUUUAUUGUAAUGACAUCAGCUGUGGCUUACCUGCUCCCUCACACUUUAAAGGAGAGCCCCCAACUCACCGAGCUGGUCUUCUUGAACAACGCACUGCGGAGCAUUCACGCUCAGGCUUUCGAGGAUCUGACUCAGCUGCAGGAGCUGGAGAUCAGUGGAAACCCCUGGCUGGAGAAUUUAUAUAUGGGGACUUUUUCCCGGCAGAAAAACUUGUUGAAACUGCUGCUCAACUUCAACAGAUUUAAGACGGUGCUCCCCGGCAUGUUUGACUCCCUGAAACAGAUAGCAACUCUGCAGAUGAAGGGAAACCUCAUCUCCCAUCUGCCUAUGUUUCUUUUCCUGAACCUCCAAAACCUCCUCGUCCUGGACCUGUCACAGAAUAAACUUGAAGAAGUGAAAAGAGAAACAUUUUUUGGUCUCACGCGCCUGGAGAUCCUUAAAGUUAACAACAACCUUAUUACCAAUCUUACAUGUGACACAUUCCAGAAUAUUUCCCAGCUGACAGAGCUUCACUUGGAAGGGAAUAAGAUAUCAGAGCUCACUGACGGCAUCUUCUCCGUGUUGACCCGGCUAAAUGUAUUGAACCUCCGUGGAAACCUUCUUACAACCUUCAGUCAGAAGGUGUUUGGAUUCAACGUCUCAAAUUUGAGGGAGCUGAACCUCAAAGGAAACCGACUGACUGAGCUGUCCUCCCUCAGCCGUCUGACAUCUCUCACCGACCUCGUCUUGUCUUCUAACCAGCUCUCCAGCCUUCCCGAGGACAUUUUUAGAAAUGUCACACUGCUGGAGAGUCUGGAUCUCUCUGAAAACCAGCUCUCGUUGCUGCCUGAACUAAUCUUCUAUAAUCUCUCCGCUAUCACAUCAAUCCACCUAGACAAGAACAAUCUGAGGAGGUUAGAACCCAAACUGUUCAAGGACCAGUGGCUCAUGCAGCAACUCUACUUGUCUGACAACCAGCUGGAAACCCUCCCGCCCGGCCUCUUCGACCUCUUCAUCGUGGAGCACACGGUGAGGCUUCACGGAAACCCCUGGAGAUGUGACUGCCACAUGUGGUACCUGCACGACUGGGUGCUGAGGAACAACAAUAUCCUACAGAGGCAGGACAGCGUGCUCUGCAACAGCCCCGACUUUUUGAGACAGCGCGUGGUCGCCUCCGUGGACAGAGACCAGCUGGUGUGUCGGGUGUCUUCAGAUGAGAUGCCUGAUUUCAGGAGCUGUAGCAUCCAAGCAUUCAAUGACGCCAUGAUCGUCAAAUGUCAAGUGGAUAAAUGUUCACCCAUGACGGUGAAGGUGCAGUUUCAGGGGGGCGACGGCAACAUAAAGGAGCAUGUAUUGAGAAGUGAACGUUCUGAAUGCAGCAAUGCCACAAGCAUCGAAGGUUCACUAAUGAUCCCUGAAUAUUAAAUUUUCGGUGUGAAAACUCUG